CUCCGCCACCUCCACCUCCCCACUCUAACCCCCUAUACUCACGUUUCCACGCUGCAAGAUCGUCUCGUCCGCAGCCUGCUCGCCCACAAAGCCUCUACCACUAACUUUACCAACACUCCGCCCAACCCAACCGUAAUCACAGCCGAGUUCACACCCGUGUACACCUGCGGCCGAAGGGAAGUAGGCACGCUCUCAGCCCAACAAAAAGCCUACCUCACUGAGCAGACUACGUGGGGUCAAGCGGAAUUCCACGAAGCGCUGAGAGGCGGACAAACGACUUUUCACGGGCCGGGACAAUUGGUCGCUUAUCCCAUUCUGGAUCUGAGAAGGCAUGCGCUCACGCCUCGCUGUUGGGUGAAUGCGCUGGAAGGGGCGGUGAUAGCUACGUGUGCUGCAUAUGGUGUUGAGGCGGGGAGGACGGAGAACCCGGGGGUGUGGGUGCAUGGGCAGGGACAGGAGGGAGGGGACGAGAGAAAGAUCUGUGCGGUGGGCGUGCACUUGCGGAGGAACGUUACGAGCCAUGGCAUUGGGCUGAACGUGAGUACGGAGCUGGGCUGGUUUAGGAGGAUCGUUGCGUGUGGGCUGGAAGGGAAGGGGACGACGAGUCUACAGGCGGAGAUUGGGGAUGUGAGACCGGUGCCUAGUGUGGAGGAGGUGGGCGGGAUUUUCGUCGAGAUGCUGGCAAGGAAUCUCUACGGAGUCGACGGGGUUGAGCAAAUCGACGAAGCAGAUAUC